UAGAUUUUAGCCAGUUAGUCGAGUGUGACGAUAUGCUAUAAUUUGUACUUCAAUACUCAGGUUUUUUGAAUUUUCGCUCUAUCAAAUUGUGCUUCCCUGCGUCAUUUAUUCCACUGGAUUGCGCUCAUAUCUUUGUCCCUCAUUCACUUUCAAACUUAGGCGAGCAGUUCUUCUAUCCAGUCGAUAGUAUCGACAGUACCGAAUACCGAUCAAUUCGACUGUACCGAACGCCAGAGACAAGGACCCUGGGAUUCAGUCCAGGAAGUGAUACAUCUAUCUAUAUAAUGCUAUAUGCUAUGGAUGAAGCCGCGGUGGCUGAACGACAGAGCCGCAGAACUGGGAACCCUGUUAAAAGUAAAUUAAAAAGCGAUGAUCGAUUACCAAUUGUUUAUUCCUUCUGAGAGCAUGUUUCAUGAUAUAUUUCCCCGGAUAAGCGGCCCGAGGCUUUAACCUUCACAUUUCCGGGUCCCGCGCCGCUCUGCUGAUUUUCCCACUUUAAAUCAUUUGGCGCCUUAACCUUUGGGUGUGCCGGAUCGAUACUAUAUCCACGAUCGCGUGCAUCGCGCCAGCAGCUGGUACUUUAUUUAUUUACCUGCACAUUUUACAACGUACGACGUACGUGCUUCUUAGGUGUUCCCAUGUUUUACCUCAUCGCCUUUGACCGGGUAAGUUUUCCUUGUUUCCCCCCAAUUCAUCUUUUCUAUCGACUAUUUUUUCUUGGUUCUUCUUCUUUUAUUUUUGAUCCCCCCCAGCUCUAUUGGCAGAGACCCUCUUUGACCACAAUCUUAGCAGUGCCGCAGGCGAUCGGAGAUCUGAUCCCGCCAGUUAAAUUUAUUAAGUUAUUAUUUAUUCAUUUACUUUAUUUAACUCUUCCUUUAAUUUUAGCGGGUCACUACUUUCGGUAGCCAGGAAUAACUCUUGCGUGCCCGCAGAUAACGAUAUGCCCAAAAUUGAUUACCAUAUGAGAGAGUGGUCCUUGAUGCCAUGGGCCCCUCGGGACAUGAUUCCUGUCGCGCGAGGCUGGGGCCUCUGGCCUGGGUGACCUUUGGGUGCGGCCACUGCCAUGGCCUUUUCUCCGCCUUUCCGCCGUAGCUCGUCGUCCUCUCGGGAGUUCCAAGGGAUGCGCUCCUGGCUGGAUUGUGGCAGCCAUGAUGCCGCUGCUGUGUCGCUGUGUCGACAAUGUGGCGUCCCGUCCGCUGCAGCAGGUACCAGAGAUCGACGGGAACCACGGAAAAUAAUGUCGCCAACACUCCAUACAUGCGUCGCCGAAUCCAGCGCUGGGCUUCAGCUUCGAUACGUAAACCGAGUCGUAUCCGAUUUCCCACCGCCAGACGGAGCCCUGUCCAGCAUUACCGAGGCGUAUUAGAGACGGACCGAGUCCCAUCCCAGCCAGACAGAAUCGUAUCCAGCAUGAUAGAAUCGCAUAGAAGUCAUCGUCAUCCUUUUAAAUGGCCACCAAGGACUUUGACUAUGGCAACUAAGGGAGCGGCUACGCGGGCUACUAGGUUCUAGAUAGAUCUCAUCAUUGUUAGAUUUAAGGAUAUACAAGUCUAUAGUAGAUGUAUAUGAUGUAUAGAUAUAUGUAUAU